CCUCCUCAGCGAAGACACCAAAAUCGAAAGCAUCCACAGACUUCCCCAGAGACCUAAUACCUCCAAUUUACAGUUUAUCCCCCAAUCCUCUUUCGAAAUGAAGCACUCCUUCAUUACCUUUAUCAGUCUCUUUCUCUUCCUCAUAUGUGGAGUUUUCGCAGCACCCGCUACUCUCGACUCCGCUGAGAUUGCCAAGAGAGACACCAGACCAUUGGACAUCAUUCUCGCCGACACACGCACUGCCAUUCUCGCAAGAAACUCUAUCUGCAAUGCUACCAACCCAGCAACCACUGCUGAUGUGACGACGUACUGCGACGACAUCAUCACCAUCAUCGAUAAUACCAUCAUCGAGUGCGGGACCAUUCCCCCUGGCACCCUGUUCACCAACAUCAACCUCAUUUCCCUUAUCUUAUGGGAAAUCCUCUGCGAUAUCAACUGGACACUUAGGCUUAUUCUCUCUAGAUGUGGACUUUUGGGAGGGCUCCUCGCACUCAUCCUUAUUCUGAUUGGGGGGCUCAUUAGUGCCCUUAACCUGCUCAUCGCUACCAUUGCAGGACUCUGUAUCCCCGGCCUUUUGGCGCUCCUCCUCGGUCUUUGCGGCCCCGGCUUCUGGCUCAUCACGUGUGGCUUAAUCAUUUGAGCCUCCCUACUGCUGUGAACUCACAAAUGUAAAUGGAUAAUGGCGGAAGGUCAAUAUGGUGAUUGAAGGAUUGGUGGAUUGGCAUUGUCAGGGCAUAGGUGGAGGAUUUUAGGACUGUCUUUUCAGAUUCACAUUGCAAUCUCGGGGAAGUCAAUCAUUUCGUAUCUAAAAUUAAAAAAAAGACCCCGAUGAUU